AUGGUGAGAAACAGCGGCAAUAUGGAUUCUUUACGUGACGAUAAACAGUUGGAAUAUGCCUUCAGGGCAGUGAAACGGUACCAUGAGAAUAAAGUCCCGGAUUUUCUCGAUAAGGACUCGCAUAACAAGAAAUUGACAGGAGGGACUGCGAGCGAAGGCAAUGGCGGCAACGGGGGAAGUCAUUCACAGAUGUCCAACAACAACAAACGACACAUCAUCAAUGUCGAUGACACCUCUAAGAUUAACUACGAGAUGAUAAAGAACACGCCGGGGAAUUUGAGCUCAAUUAGAACUGAGAACGGUGCCAGGGUGAACAAUGUGGCGCAACUGACGGAUACAGAGGUCAAUUUGGUCAAGACCAAGAUGUACAAGAACAAGCUAUAUGAACAGAAUGAUGAGUAUCUGGAAGCUGUCAGGCAGAAAAUCAAGCAAAUGAGUACAUCCGCAGAGGGCAGCACCGAUGAUGGAACAGACGGUGAGGUAGAUGAACAUGCACUGGGCACCCAGCACGAAUGGCUAUCACAGAUACAGGAGUCCCUUGUAGGCCAGUACGAGUCGCUUAUCAAUGAGGAGAAAAAAUGGUUCGUACUUAAGGAAUUGCUGCUGGACGCAAAUGCAGAAUUUGAUCUGUACAGUUCUCAGGACGAGAAAAGAACAAUCGUGAAACUGGGCUCUAUGAGCUUGCCCAUAAAUUCCAAUGCCAAUACACUGAUAUUCAACAGGACUAAGAGGCCGAGAAACAGAAACAUAGUUUAG